GUGGGCGGGGGGGCGGCCGGGCUUGAGCCCCGCUGAGCCCACCGGGCCGGCCAUGGGCGACCGCGAGCGAAACAAGAAGCGGCUGCUGGAGCUGCUGCAGGCGGCAGGCACCGGCAACGCUCACUGCGCCGACUGCGGGGCGGCGGAUCCCGACUGGGCCUCCUACAAGCUGGGCAUCUUCAUCUGUCUGAAUUGCUCCGGCGUCCACCGCAACUUCCCAGACAUCAGCAGAGUUAAAUCCGUGAGACUUGACUUCUGGGAUGACAGUGCCGUGGAGUUUAUGACCCACAACGGGAACCUCCGUGUGAAGGCCAAGUAUGAAGCCAGAGUCCCUGCUUUCUACUAUAUCCCCCAGGCCAACGACUGUCUGGUCUUAAAGGAACAGUGGAUUCGAGCGAAGUACGAAAGACAGGAAUUUAUGGCCGAUGGGAAAGCCAUCUCACCCCCAGGCGAUCGAGAAGGGUUCCUGUGGAAACGGGGAAGAGACAAUGCACAGUUCCUGAGAAGGAGGUUUGUUCUCCUGGCAAGAGAAGGCCUCCUGAAGUACUACACUAAGGAAGAGGGUAAAGGCCCCAAAGCUGUCAUCAGCAUCAAAGACUUGAAUGCCACCUUUGAGACGGAGAAGAUAGGGAACCCCCACGGACUGCAGAUCACCUACAGGAAAGAGGGCCACAUCAGGAACCUGUUCGUGUACCACGAAAGUGGGAAGGAGAUAGUGGACUGGUUCAAUGCCCUCCGAGCAGUCCGUCUGCAAUACCUAAAAACGGCCUUUCCUGAGCUCCCAGAGUCUGAGCUCGUGCCCCUCAUCACCAGGAACUACCUCAAACAAGGCUUCAUGGAGAAGACGGGUCCGAAGCAAAGAGAACCUUUCAAGAAAAGGUGGUUCGCCCUGGAUCCCCAGGAGCGGAGGCUGCUCUAUUACAAGAACCCACUGGACGCCUUUGAACAGGGCCAGGUUUUCCUUGGGAGCAGCGAGCAGGGCUACAAUGUGUACGAAGACGUGCCCAAGGGCAUCCGAGGGAACCGCUGGAAAGCCGGCCUCACCAUCGUCACCCCCGGGCGGAGGUUCAUCUUCACCUGCCCCAGCGAGAAGGAGCAGCGGGAAUGGCUGGAGAGUUUUCAGGAUAUCCUCUCCCGCCCCUUAACGCCCCUCAACCUCCUCAGUAAGAUGCAUGGCCCGGGGUUGGUUCUUUUGGCCAAGGGCAGAGGGCGGAAAGGGGCCCCAUGGGGUUCAGCCGUGGGCCCUGAAGCCGAGGUCCUGGCUUUUCCCAUUUUCUUCUCUUCCCGCCAAAGAAAGGUACAGACAGUGCACAUUAUUGUCAGCAAGCCCUCUCCGUCCAUGCAGAGCUCCUCUGUGGGGAGCCCUAUCCCAGAACCAUUGAGUCCAGGAGCCAGCAGCUUCUCUCUCCCCCCACCCCCCACCCCUUUCCAGUCCCUCUCCUCGUGAGAAAACCCUGGCCUAUUAUUAUUAGCUAAGGUCACACCCACUUGGCAGCUCCCUGAGUCCUGGGUUCCUCCCUACUCACAGAGGGAAGGCUAUUUUUAGUGGCCUUCUUUUCUCUGGAUCCUCCCUUCUGUCUGCUUCUCUCCCCCUCCCCUUCACCCCAGAUGUGUUACCAGUAGGUUUCUUUGUGCUGACAAGCCCUGUGAAAAACGGGAAGACAUUCUGAGCUAGGGCAGGAAACUUCUGGCCCAGGGCCUGGUUUGGGGGCACGAGAGAGAACUUCUGUGUUUGGAAAAGUACAGAGUGAGUGAGUGGGUGAUCCCACAUGGGCUCUUAGGAGAAACCCUUGUGCCCUUUGAGUCUGACCGUAUAAAACACACACUUUUUUGA